CUUCUCCACCAGCCAUUCCAUCUGCGCGCGGCCAGAGGCCCUCUGCGAUCCUCUCGGCUACUGCUGCCUUCGCGCUCCUUCGCGCGCUCGUGGAGAAAGAGGUCGCGGGGCUGAGGCUGCUGCUUGGCCGCAGCGCUGCGCGGUCCCGGCGGCGGCGGCGGCAGGCUCCUUCCUGGCUGCCCAGCAGCAGCUGGCCUUCGACGACGCUCCCGGAGGAGGGAGGCAGGCAGGCAGGCCGGCCGAGGGGGAGGCUCAGGACCAGCCCAGCCCCCCGCCGCCGCCGCCUCCGGGCGGGGAUCUCUGGAAGCUUCCUGCUCGCAGCCGGGCGAGGGAGACGCAGCAGCAGCAGCAGCCUUUGGCCUGCGAGCGCUCGGGGGGCGCCGUCGUCCGCCCGUCGGAGGAGGAGGAGGCGGCGCUGCAGCUGCGGAGGCAGGCAGGCAGGCAGGCAAGCGAGGCGCCCCCCGCAGCAGCAGCAGCAGCAGCAGCAGCGGCGCCGUCCGGGCAGGAGAGGCGCAGCGCAGCCGCCCGAGGAUGGCCCCGCGGGGCUGGCCAGCCUCGCCGCCCCCACCGCUGCUCCCUUCGCGGUGCGCUGCCUGAGGGCCGCCGCCUCUCCCCAGCUCGGUCGCCGACGGAACGAAGCAGCGCCCCGCGCGCAGCAGCAGCCGCAGCCGCCGGCCCGGGCCCCCUCGCCCGCCCGCCCGCCCGCCAUGGCCAAGGAGCAGGAGGCGGCGGCGGCCCCCCCAGCGGCCCGGCGGCAGCAGCAGCAGCAGCAGCAGCCGCGGCUCUGCCACAUGCUGAAGGGCGACAACGGCUACGGCUUCCACCUGCACGGCGAGAAGGGCAAGAGCGGCCAGUUCAUCCGCAAAGUCGAGCCCGACUCGCCGGCCGAAGCCGCCGGGCUGCGCGCCGGGGACCGCGUCGUCGAAGUCAACGGCGUCAACGUGGAGAAGGAGACGCACCACCAGGUUGUGCAGCGCAUUAAAGCCGUGGAAGCCGAGACCCGCUUGCUGGUGGUGGACAAAGAGGCCGACGAGUAUCUCCGGAGCCUGCGGCUGACGUGCACGGAGGAGAUGGUGCGCACGGGCAUUGUGGCGGGCCCUGACGCUUCACCUGUCAGACCUCCGCCCAGCAGCGACAAUGGGGACAUCUGGAAACCCCAGCCGGAGCUGAGCAGCAGGAACAAGAGGCACAAGCACAGCUCCAGCUCCGAGAGUGAGAAGAAGGAUCUGAAUGGACGGAGCAAGCCGCUUUGCCCACGGCUCUGUCACCUCAAGAAAGGCCCCACAGGCUACGGGUUCAACCUCCACAGUGAGAAGUCCAAGCCGGGGCAGUUCAUCCGGUCUGUAGACCCGGACUCACCAGCAUCCAGGGCUGGACUCCGACCACAGGACAAACUUGUUGAGGUCAAUGGGAUCAACGUCGAAGGCAUGAAGCAUUCUGAGGUGGUGUCGCACAUCAAGUCCAAGGAGAACGAAGCCAAGCUCUUAGUGGUGGACCCUGAAACAGAGGAGCACUUCAAGAAACUGGGGGUCGUCCCUACUGAGGAGCACGCCAGAGGUGGAAUUCCCCAGGCCAUGACCAAUGGGUCUGCACAAACACAGCUGAAUGGAGGAUCCAUGUCUUCGUCCCACAGCGAUUGCCAAAGUCCCGAGAAGGAAUCGGAGGUGGGCGACCCUGACAAAAAGGAUCCGUUUGAAGAGAGCGGGCUGAACCUGAGUCCCACGGCAGCGGAAGCCAAAGAGAAAGUGCGGGCCAAGCGGGUCAACAAGAGGGCCCCGGAGAUGGACUGGAACAAGAAGAGGGAGAUCUUCAGCAACUUCUGAGCCCCUCCUCCCGCGGGCUCCUUCCUCUCCCCGACCUUCGCCAUGUGCACGAAUCAACGUCCCACCCUCCCCGGGCGCUGUUCCAAGACACUCCACGCUCUGCUUCCCCCCCACCCCCCCAUAGGUUUGCAUUGCUUUGUACACGGCAGAUUUUUCAAGCCUCUUAUUGUACAGAAAGUGGCGAGAGGGAGAGAAAGAGAGACUCUGAAACUUCAGGGCUCAACCCCCUAAGAGGAGAGCUGACGCUCCGACAGUAGUGAGCAAAAAGGCAUUUUCUUUUCAUUUGGGGUCACUUAACCUGCAAUAUUUAGAAUAUAUUAUUUAUAGGGCCAUUUUUUAUAUAAUGGAUCGUUUGAGUUUCUCCCCCGCCCCCCAAUCUUUAGAUAUUUUAAAUAUUUUUGCAUCGCAACUAAGAGUACAUUUUCUUUCCACUUAAUUGAAAGCGAUGGUUUACACACCACUCCUGGCUACAGUGUUAACAUCCUCAUGAAUGCACUGGCUGACCGUCCCAUGCUUCUAAGUUUUCUCUGCGGCUUUAAGUUUGGGAUUUUUUUUUUUUUAAAGGGGGAAGAGAGCACAAUGUUCAUCUGUUUUUGGUUAGUGCUUGAACACCCUCCCUUGAAGCCCUGCUGCACAACAAGACCUUUUCUUUGCAGAUCUUUUUCCGAGCCUUGCCCUCCCCCCCCCCACUCCAGUCCCCCUUUUUAGAACAACUCUGUGUACUGGAAAGCCCUUAACCUAGAAAACAUGGACCUUGGGGGGUUGCAAAAUGCCACAACUAUGGGUGGAAGGAUGCGGAAAGUGUGCAGCCUUGCCAAUAUGCUGGGGACAGUGUCCUGGGCAUUAAAAAAAAAAAAUCCACCACCAACCCUCUCUGUGAAUCCCGCCAUUUACCAGCAAUUCUAAUCAGAAUUAAUUUGGGCUGUAACAAGAUGCUGGAAAUAGCGCCUUUUAGCCACUCUGGCAGGAAGCACAGCAAAACGAUUGUGUGCACAGGGCACGGAGGGUUCUGGGGCAGCUCUUCGGGGAAGCCGUGGGAGGGGGAAUCCUCCAGGCUGCUUUUCUGGAAGGCCUCUCCAAAAGUGAGCAACACGCCGUCUCGGCUCCAGUUACGUGGCCCUUUCUGCUUCUCAGGCUUCAAAGCACACACACACACUCUCACGUCAUGAACGUUGCUGAUCUUUCUGCAAACCAUUAUUCGUUUUUUCCUUGAGGCUAGUGAUUUAAGGCUGGGGUGCUCUGUCGGAGGAGCUCCAGCUGCUCAUGGACUCCAACGCCCAUCACUUCCAAAUGGCAGCUGGGGAUGAUGGGAAUUGUAGUCCAACAACUGCUGGUGUGAGCCUGAAGUUGGCGACUUCUGGUAGGAGGUAUGUGCAGUUUUCUGCCCUACAAAGGAGAGAUGUUGGCAAGCAGCAGAAAGACCUUGCAUGCGGCGGGUCUUUCUGCAAGCAAUGGCUGGAAUAUGAGAGUAUAUGGAAUAUGGAAUACUAAUGUCCCCUGUAGCAGGGAUUCCCAGAUGCUGACUACAACCCCCACCAUCCCCAGCUGCAAUGGCCAAAGACUGUUGCAGCUGGGGAUGCUGGGAGUUGUAGUCAGCAACAUCUGGGAAUCACCUGCUGCAGGGGACGCUGGUCCUUGCAUAUGACAGGCAUGAUGCUCUCCAAGACAGAUCUUGUGCUCUAACUAUGACAUGUGAGUUCCGGCUCUUAAUGUGCUUGAACUCCUAAACUGUUUGUUGCAAGAGAGGUGUUAAAAUGAGGAAUGGGCAUGGAGGAUGUCUCUUCUCAGAGGAGUCCAUGUGUCCGCUCCCAAGUGUCCUCUGUGGCUGCUGUGAACCAGAGUGGGAUGGCCCAUGCCAUUUCUCCCCAUAGUGCAUCUCUUUGCCCCAGGAGGGCUGCUUCGGGAGACGAGGCAGGACAGCCAAUUUCAUAGGCAGGUCUUGGAUACCAGCAUCACGGCGGCUACAAGGGCCAGACCCUGAUGCACGGUUGACUUGCCACUGGGGUGUUCUCUUGGGCAAGCCCCACAGGAAAUGAUACUGGCAUUGUGCAAGCAGGAUUGUUCCAAUAGUGAGAAGGAGGGUACAGACUGGAUUGCUCGUCUCUGGCACCAAAACACCGUCCAUCUAGACCUGCUAGAAAGCAGAGCAGAAAACUCUGGGAAUCCUCCCUCCUGGCGUGGGGAAAAGUAUCCCCUAUUUAACGUGUGCAUGAACAGUACAAAAGGAAGGCACACCCUCCUGCUAGUCGGGUAUUGUGUGCAUGUGAAUGCCACCUAAUGCCCUGUGCUGGGAGGAGAAGGUAUAUCUUUUUACGACAACAUGGGAGCAGCAUUGCAGAAACCGCCAUCCAAAUUUGGAACUGCAUGUCAGAAUGGGGAGGGUGGGUGGAAUGCAGGAUAUCACCUUGGCUAAUCAUCUCGUCCUCAUUUGGCUUGCUUACAGAGAGAGGGCAGAAGGCUGCACGGAGCUGUUUCCUUGACCACCUCUAGAGCCUCACACUCUUGUCAUGACCACUUCAGAAAAGUAUUAAUAAAGUGAGCUGGAUGGGAUGCAAGUUGUUGUUGUUUUGAAAGCAGAGUGUAUGCAAGUAAGAGUCACGCUCCCCUUUAUUUAGGACUCAAAUAUAGUGUACAGUAGUAGUUAAAGGCAGGCGGUGGGAUUUGUUUGCAGAUGCUAGACGAUGUACAAGUGCCCCCACCCCGCCCUUUGCUACAAAUACAUUCAGGGGCUUUGUGUAUAUUUCAUAGGUAACUGAGCUGAAGGAAGUUGCUGUCUUCGUCGGCUUCUGUGUCGCAGAGUGAGCUGCGUCAUUGUACCCUUCUCUGUAUGCCAGGAGUCUCAAACCUGGGUACCCAGAUGUCGCUGGGCUUCACCAGCCGCCUUUGGCCAUUGUGGCUGGGGAAUACGGGAGCUGAAUCCCACCUGGGAGCCAGAGACAUACAGGUCUCUGCUGUAUGUGUUUUUCUCUCUUCUGGGCUGCUUUUUGCAAGGGCUUCUUUGGGUGUGCUUGGAGAGGAAGGCAGGCAGGAGCGUCCGCGUCCAUUGCAGGCAGUGCUGUGUAUGGACUCUGUUGAAAACCCCACCCAGAUUCUGCCCCGUAAUUCUGCCAAGCAAACUUGACGUUUGGGGUGAUUUUGCAUAAAUGGUCUGCUUGGCUGGCUAGAGCGAGGAGCACGGAGAUCCCUGCAGCCCUGCCCUCUGACCGGUGCGGAGCCUGUCCUGUCCAGCUUCUGAGCUAGCUGCUCAGGUUUUGAAGUUUGCCUCUGCAGAGAGAGGGACUAGGAACUUGGCAGAAUAAAAAGGAAAUGCUCUUCUUUUGGAUUCCAUGGAACUGUGGGGUGAUUACAGCAAUGCUGGGUACAUUCUGCACAACUAAAAGCUGGUUUUCCAAAUGUUGAAGGCGGCAUCUUGAGAAUUUUUACAUGUUUAUUUUUUUUUAAAGCAGGGUUUCCAGUAUUCCUGUUAGCUGGGGAGAGCUUGGGCAUAUCUCCACUCCUCGUCCCCUCCCUACCCUCCAAAAUUUUGCCAAAGCUUGCCACAGAAUUCUAAAUUGUUUUGCAGCCUGUACCACUGAAGCCGAUUAAACUAUGCAGAAGCAAAGAGAUGCAAAUGUGAUUAAUUUGCAUCAUUCAGCCUGUAGACACUGGUUCCUCCCCCCCCCCAUUUUAUUGCAGAAUAAAAUGCACAUGCUGGCCCCGAUCCAUCUCGAGUUGUGUUCAACAAGCCUCAUGUAGCAAGCAGGGACCCUUGGAUCAGUGUUCUCCGUAACAGCGAUUCCCUGAUGUCAUUGACUACAAUGCCUAUAAUCCUCAGUUGCAAUGGGAUUUGGCCAUUGCAGCUGGGGAUUAUGGGAGUUAUAGUCAACAUCUGGGAACUGCCCUGGACCCCCCUCUGGGUCAAAAGGCACUUCUGGCUUAUUCAGCAGGAACCGAAUUGAGCAUCAUGGUGGAAUGUUUUGUGAAUAGAAAACGUGGCUUCAGAAAGAAGAGUUUGCUGGGUGUUUACAUUUUAUUUAGCUAGACUGGCUAUGACUGGAGGUCAGGAAUGUGCUGCUAAGGUUGCUUGUAGCUAUCGAGUCCAGGAGGAGAGACGGGAUGUUUAUUCGGGACUGCUUUGCUUCCCUGAUGAGGAUUCUGGGUUUGGUUUUCCAUCGAGGCUGAAGAAAUAGGGUCAGCGCCUCCUGGAAGCAGAGACGGCUCUCUUCUUCCCCCCGUGUUGUUAUGGAAGGAGUCGGUGCACACAUGCAUGCGCGCGCACACGCACAUACACACAGAGAUGUCAAAAUCCUUAAUGGCAAGAUUAUCGGGGUGAAGAGCAAGGAAAAAGUGUGGGGUGGAUACUAAUGAUGAAACUGAAAUCAGGUAUGCAGCUAUGCACCCAUACAGGUCUGAGGUCCCUCCACCCCCCCGCCCUUCCAAAAAAGUUGUUCUCUGCAUAUUCCACGGAAUGAUUCCCGGCCAUUUCAAGGCACGUAGGUAGAGCUCUGUUUCUUUGCCAUCCUAUAAGCUCUGUAACACUUACUCAGUUCCCUGCACAGCUAACUUAGACACUCACUAAGAAGUUAUACAAAGAGCUGUUACUUGCAUUGUAAAAAAAAAAAAAAAAGUAUACUGAAAUGUCCAUAAUAAAACUGGUCUCUCAUGUACAGUGA